CUUCUCCUCUAAAACAAUGUCGUCUUCUUCUUUUCUCUUCCCUCUUACUCAAUCCACAGUUCUUCCAGACCCUUCAAACUUCUUCUCCCAAAACCUUCUCUCAUCUCCACUUCCCACAAACUCUUUCUUCCAAAACUUUGUUCUCCAAAAUGGGUCCCAACCAGAGUACAUUCACCCUUACAUCAUCAAAACCUCGAACUCCUCUCUCUCUGCUUCCUACCCUUUUCUCUUGUUUUCCGCAGCAGUUUUGUACCAAGUUUUUGUGCCAGAUCUCACCAUCUCUGCCACCCAAAAGACUCAAACAUAUUCACAUCAACAAAACCAUGUAAUAUCAUCCUACAGUGACCUUGGUGUCACUUUGGACAUUCCCUCUUCCAACCUCAAAUUCUUCCUUGUCAGAGGAAGCCCUUAUCUAACUACUUCUGUCACAAAGCCAACACCUCUUUCCAUCACAACAGUGCAUAACAUAGUUUCUCUGUCUUCCUAUGAUGACAACACUAAGCACACCCUUCAGCUUAACAACACUCAGACAUGGCUCAUAUACACCUCUUCCCCUAUCUAUUUCAACCACGGUUCUUCUGAGGUUACAUCCAAGCCGUUUUCUGGCAUAAUUCGCAUAGCAGUGUUGCCUGAUUCCAAGUAUGAGGAAAUUCUUGACAAGUUUAGUUCUUGUUACCCUGUAUCUGGUGAUGCAGCACUCAAGAAACCUUUCCGUGUGGUGUAUAAAUGGCAAAAGAAAAGGUCUGGGGACUUGCUCAUGCUAGCUCACCCUCUUCAUGUUAAGCUUCUAUCAUACAAUAAUGAUCGUGAUGUAACUGUUCUGCAUUAUUUGAAGUAUAGAAGCGUUGAUGGUGAUCUUGUUGGUGUUGUUGGAGAUUCAUGGGUGUUGGAAACGGAUCAUGUACCUGUAGCAUGGCAUUCGAACAAAGGCAUCAAAGAGGACUCAUAUGAUGAGAUUGUCUCAGCACUUUCUAAAGAUGUGAAGGAGCUGAAUUCUUCUGCAAUAACAACAAAUUCAUCUUAUUUCUAUGGGAAGCUUGUUGGAAGGGCUGCAAGGUUAGCAUUGAUAGCAGAAGAAGUGUCUUUUCCUAAAGUGAUUCCCGAGAUUAAAAUGUUUCUGAAGGAGACUAUUGAGCCUUGGUUGGAUGGAACAUUCAAAGGGAAUGGUUUUUUAUAUGAAAGAAAAUGGGGUGGACUAGUCACUGAACAAGGGUCAACGGAUUCAACGGCUGAUUUUGGGUUUGGAAUUUAUAAUGAUCAUCAUUUCCAUUUGGGGUAUUUCCUUUAUGGAAUUGCAGUACUUGCAAAGAUUGACCCUGCUUGGGGACAAAAAUAUAAAUCACAAGCUUAUGCACUUGUGACAGAUUUUAUGAACUUGGGCCAAAGAUAUAACUCAGAUUAUCCACGUCUAAGGUGUUUUGACCUUUAUAAGUUGCACUCUUGGGCUGCAGGGUUGACUGAAUUUCCAGAUGGAAGGAAUCAAGAAAGUUCAAGUGAAGCUGUGAAUGCUUACUAUUCAGCAGCAUUGAUGGGUCUAGCAUAUGGUGACACCCAUCUUAUUGCCACUGGAUCAACACUAUUAGCAUUGGAAAUUAGUGCUGCGCAAAUGUGGUGGCAUGUAAAAGAGGGAGACAAUUUGUAUGAAGAAGAUUUUGCAAAAGAUAACAGGAUAGUGGGUAUUCUGUGGGCUAACAAGAGGGACAGUAAGCUUUGGUGGGCUCCAGCUGAGUGUAGAGAGUGUAGGCUUAGUAUCCAAGUUCUACCCUUGUUGCCUAUAACUGAGCCCUUGUUCUCCGAUGCGGCUUAUGUGAAGGAGCUUGUGGAGUGGACACUGCCUUCUCUGAAGAAUAAAACAAAUGUUGAAGGGUGGAAGGGGUUUACCUAUGCCUUGCAAGGUAUUUAUGAUAAAAAAACAGCAUUGAAGAAGAUAAGAAUGUUGAAAGGUUUUGAUGAUGGGAACUCAUUCAGUAAUCUCUUAUGGUGGAUUCACAGCAGAUGAGGAGUGGUGCAACUAAGUUGUUGGCAGGUUGUUCUUGUAAUCAAAUGUUUCAAUUUGAUCCUUGUCAACCUUUUUUUUAUUUCCUUUAAUUUAUCAAGUUCUGCAUCUCGUAUCAGUUAUUGUUAAUGUGGUGAUGUAAAAUUAAGUCCAAAUUUUUUAAGAAUUUAAUAAAAUUUG